CUCAGGAGUAGCAACAGGAAGUAGAAGUUAAGAAUAAUCUAGGCUUCAAGUUCUUAACCGUUUUUAUUAUUUUCCAGGGAAAUGUGUUUUCUGUGAAGCCCGUCAGGUUAGCGCAGCUCAGCGUUGAAAUAAUCCCAGUUUAGAUAAUCCUGGAUGUAGAUUAAGAAAAAGGAGGUGGAGACAGUUUCGUUUUCGCUCGUCUUAAACUUCUCGAAGCAUGGCCUCAGAAACCGACCACGCUGCAGGGAGUGAUGUGGAAGAGGAGGAGAAGUAUGUGAGACCCCCCUCCAGUUAUGGUUCAAUGAAGAGUGAGGAUGAAAGUGCAGGAGGAAUGGAGGAUGAGGAAGGAGAGGAAGAGGAGGAAGGAGGAGGAGGAGGUGAACCGGUGGUUUUUGCACAACCGGAUCCUCCAGCACCUCCAGUUCUUGGGUCUCAGAUGAUGCACUCCGUUUAUACAGAAACCAUCUUAACUGAUUUCACCGAGCAGACCAAACCACCCGACGCUAUGGUCAUUGACACCGGCUCUGUGGAUGUAGGGAGCUUGACUGACGACGAAUUGGACGAUGAUGAUGAAGUUCUGUUAACAUGCUCUCCAGAACCACCUGAGCCUCUUGAAAUGGAGGGUUGGAAUGAAGCUGAUGAAAACAGCCAGCCGGGACGGCUGCACCCAGAACUGGACCUGCCUCAUAUUUUCAAAACGAUCCUAAAUGUUGUAGUACGGCUCAACGAUCAGGAGUUGUUCAAGUUUAAGCUUUGGUACAACAGAUGGGACCAAAUUAGCCUCCUGGAGCAAACCAAGGACGGAGAUGUUCUGGACUUUGUGGACAAGGCCAUCGAGGUCUACGGUCCGUACAAAGCGCUGUCAAAGGCCAUUAGCACUCUUGAGAGCAUGGAGAAGGAGGAGGAGAUGAGGGAACUCAUGACUAAAGGCCAUAAAGCCCUGUUUCGUUUUCACCUGAAAGAAUAUUAUAUACGAAAAUUCGUAGUUAUCCGAGAGGGAGUAGUCCAAGCCGGAAAGUCGAACAUCCUGAAUGAUGUCUAUGUGGAGCCCCAGAUUUCCACCUGUGGUUUCGGAGGAGUCGACCCCACUCACGAGUUCUUAGCUCAACCCCCAACACCUGUCCAGGUUCCUACUGAGGACACUUUUGUUGCCUUAAACGACCUGUUCCGCCUGAAGAAAGCGGACGGCUCCCCGGUGAGGACAGUGGUGACCACGGGGAUUCCAGGAGUCGGGAUGUCCGUCUCCGUGGCAAAGUUCUCGCUAGACUGGGCAGAUGAUUGUGCCAACCGGGAUCUGCAGUACGUCCUUAAGCUUUCAUUCCGUGCUCUGAGGCUUUAUCGAGACAGAGAAGAUAGUGGAAAGGAGUACUCCAUAUUUGACGUACUGGGUUAUUACCACUAUCCUAAAGAAUAUCAUAAAUUAUUGGAGGAAGAAGACGCCAGGUUUCUUAUCAUUAUGGACUGUAUGGAUUCCUACAUGGGGCCCCUGGACUGGGAGAACGCUCCAGUGAUUACUGACAACAACACCAAAGCUCAUAUGAAUGUCCUAGUCGUCAACUUGAUCCGAGGGACCUUGCUCCGUGGUGCACGCAUCUGGAUCCUGGGCAGGCGUGCAGCAGUGUCACAGAUACCGUCUAAGUAUAUAGAUGUCAUAACUGAGCUGCAGGGUUUCAAUGAAGCGAUGAGAGACGACUACCUGACCAAACGCUUCACUAACGCUCAGCUGGCAGAAAAGAUUGUGAGACAUUACAAACGAGUGCCAAUGAUUCAGAUCCUCACUCGCAAUCCUUUUUACUCCUGGAUGGUGGCGAAAGUUUUCGGCGACAACUAUAGGAAUCCGAACUAUGGCACCAAACGUCCCAGACUGACGCCGUUUCACAUCCACUUUCUGAUCAUUCAGACAAAUCGCAGCCUCAAGUUUUACUACAAUAGAACUCUUGAUAUGAAAUGGCGCGAGAAAGAGAGGCAGUUUCUGAGGAACUUGGCAAAGUUGGCCUUCAAGAUGCUGCAGGCCAACACCAGCGUGUUUUUUGAGGAGGAUCUGAAGGAGUUGGAGCUGGAUCUGACCCAGGUUGUGAUGUUCUCUGGUUUGUGCACCGAGCUCCCUCCUAAAGCCUCCUCUGCCAAAAGGACAUUCUGCUUCUCUAACUUCACCCUACAGGAGUUCAUGGCUGCUCUGUACGUCUUCCUUAUAUUCUACGUCGAUGCCAAAAACAUCCUGGACAGUAAAUGGAUGAAGUUCACCUCACCCAGCAGAUCAGCUGUGGGCCUUGUGCAGAGCGCUUGGACACUGACCCUAAGCUCCAAGCUGGGACACUAUGAUAUGUUCCUGCGCUACCUGUGUGGCCUGCUUUCCCCAUACUGCCACUACGAGCUGCUCAAAGGCUUCCUGUAUUCACACACCAACCCAAAGGUGGAAGCACUAACGGAGGCAGAGCAGUUGCUGGAUAAGAUCAGCCAGAGCGCUCCUGAAGACAGGAAGCGGAACCUGUAUGAGUGCAUUAGAGAGAUGACCCAGGAGCAGGACUGAGGUUUGCAAAAAACAGGAAAAAGAAGUGACUUAUGGCAAAAAGCACUGAAGCACUACUUGCUUUUGAUAAGAUGGAAUAAAGAAUGGAUCAUUUAAAUGUAAUCAGA